CACCGCGAGAAGUUUUGGCCUUCCUGCGUCCCGUAGUCGUCAGUACUGUGAACGCAUAAACAAAGCUGCAGCUGUGUUUGGGACUCCGCCGAAAGCUGAAUCUUUCCAGCAAAAGGGAACUUCACAUCGGUAAUAGGGCUCACUGUCAAGAAUAAUAAGGUGUCAGCAGCAGGAGCAGCAGCAGUGGCGGUAACUGCAGUGGCCCGGCCAUCCUGAGCCCGUCGGCGCUGGUCCCCGUGCUGGCACCCGUGGUGGCGGCCCCCGUCUGCGACCCGCUGGGAGCCUCCCCUCCUCCCCUCGGUCCCCCCGGAGCCCCAUCCUCUCCGUCGGACGAGAGCCCGCCAGCUGCCCCGAGCCCCGCGAGUCCUGCGCCCGACCCGGGACAGCAGCAGACCCAGCGGAGCCCCGUCAUGGUGGACGUCAGCAAGUGGCCGCUCUUCUCGCUGCUGUCCGCCCAGGAGCUCACCAGCAUACGCCAGGCCUGCGUCUUCGGAACCUCCGCCAACGAGGCCAUCUACAUCACCCAUGACGACGAGGUGUUUGUGGUGGGGCUGAACUGCAGUAACUGCCUGGGCACGGGGGACAGCCAGAGCACCAUCGUCCCCAAGAGGCUCGACUCCCUGUCGGGCAAGAAGGUGGCCAGCCUCAGCUACGGCAGCGGCCCUCACGUCCUACUGUCUACCGAGGAUGGGGAGCUGUUUGCUUGGGGCCAUAACGGUUAUAGCCAGCUGGGCAAUGGCAACACUAACCAGGGAGUGGCGCCCACACUGGUGACACACAACCUGCAGAACAAACGCAUCCGGGAGGUCGCCUGCGGUUCACACCACUCCAUGGCAGUCACAUCUGAAGGAGAGCUGUAUGCGUGGGGCUACAACAACUGUGGCCAGGUGGGCUCGGGCUCUACGGCCAACCAGCCGACGCCUCGCAAGGUGUCCCACUGUCUGCAGAACAAGCACGUGGCCAGCAUCACCUGCGGACAGACCUCCUCCAUGGCCGUCGUGGACAACGGAGAGGUGUACGGCUGGGGCUACAAUGGUAAUGGUCAGCUGGGUUUGGGCAACAAUGGCAACAUGCUGGUGCCCUCUCGCCUGGUGGCCUUGCAGGGCUUCUGUGUGCAACAGAUUUCGUCGGGCUAUGCUCACACCCUGGCGCUGACGGACGAGGGCCUGCUGUACGCGUGGGGUGCCAACACCUACGGCCAACUGGGCACCGGCAACAAGAGCAACCAGCUCAGCCCCGUGCAGAUCAUGACCGACAAGCAGAGAAUCGUGGAGAUCGCGGCGUGCCACUCCACACACACGUCUGCAGCCAAGACCCAGAACGGGGAGGUGUUCAUGUGGGGCCAGUGUCGCGGCCAGGCCCUCAUGCUGCCCCACCUCACGCACUUCUCCUGCACAGACGACGUCUUCGCCUGCUUCGCAACACCCUCCGUCAUGUGGAGGCUGCUCGCCAUGGAGCAAGAUGACUUCCUGACGGUGGCAGAGGCCUUGAAGCAGGAGUUUGACAGCCCGGAGACAGCCGACCUGAAGUUCAGCGUGGACGGACGCUACAUCCACGUCCACAAGGCUAUUCUGAAGAUCAGGUGUGAGCACUUCCGGUCGAUGUUCCAGUCGUACUGGAAUGAGGACAUGAAGGAGGUGAUUGAGAUCGAGCAGUUCUCCUACCCCGUCUACCGCUCCUUCCUCGAGUACCUCUACACCGACACCGUCGACCUGCCACCAGAGGAUGCCAUCGGGCUGCUGGACUUGGCCACGUCCUACUGUGAGAACCGCCUGAAGCGUUUGUGCCAGCACAUCAUCAAGAGGGGCAUCACCGUGGACAACGCAUUUAUUUUGCUCUCCGCAGCUAUACGCUAUGACGCAGAGGACCUGGAGGAGUUCUGCUUCAAGUUCUGUGUGAACCACCUGACUGAGGUGACCCAGACGCCGGCCUUCUGGCAGCUGGACGGACACAUGCUGAAGGAGUUCAUCAGCCGAGCCAGCCGCUGUGGAGCAUUCAAGAACUAACAAGAGCCCACGGCAUGGAAUAACGGGGGAAACCUCCCAUGUGUCAUCAUCCAUCUCCCCCAUCAUCAUCACCAUCAUCAUCCUCCUUCAUCAUUAUUAUCAUCGACACAUGCUGAAGGAGUUGAUCAGCUGAGCCAGCCCCUGUGGCGCCUUCAAGAUCAGAAGGAUCCCCACACAUGUAGUGAUGUGAGGCAAUGAAUUACAGUACGUCGCUCGCAGCCACCUGUAAUCAGUCACUCUUCAUCCUCCUUCAUCAUCAACAUCAUGUUGAAGGUUUCAUCAGCUUGGCCAGCCUCUGUAGGCCUUCAAGUAUUUCAGAGUCCCACCACACAUGGAACUGAGGAGCCCCUCACUUGGGCAGGGGUUCCCAACAUUUUCACACAUGAAAUUUUCACAAAUGUUUUCGGGACCACCUCUGCCCAAUAAACAAUACUGUACAACUCAAAUAAGUAGUCAACAGAAACGCAGCAACAAAUAUUAAACAUUUUAAGACAUUUAUUUCAGUGCCCUCUUGGAAUACCUUCGUGGCCCACAGUUUUCGAAUCACUUCUCCAGUGCAACUAAGGCCCCUAUGUAGUGAACCGUGUUCCCCUCCCAUUCAUAAUGCGUAUAACACACAAAUUUAUCGAUUGAGGGGAUGCAUUUUCCUACACAUCAUUACAAGAUUUUGGCUGAUGUGUGGCCUUGUGGUCGUGUAUGUGUUGGGAUGCGUCGACUAUCUCAGCGCUUCAAAGAUCAUUGAUCUACCUGGCCUCGUUAACCCGUUGUGUUUGAACCUGGGAUUGACAACUUCUCUUUGGUACAGAGAGUGAAAACCUUGACAUAAAUGUGAUCCAGCCAGCUCAGAAUCAGCUGAUCACAUUGAUUUCACUUAGUAGCUGGUCCAGCUGUGACAGGGUUUUCACUUCCUGGAUUCAUGGGAGACCACAUCCUCUUCACCAACUGAAUGCCAGAGGGGUCAUGUAUCGAGUCGAGUCUAUGUAUUCGUGACGGUGUAUGAGUGACUGCAUCUAGUUUAAGAAUCUGUCUUAUGUUACUUUUUACAUCAUCUUUUGAAUUGUACCCCAUCUGGCUCUUUUUUUGUGUUGCUGGUGAAUGUACUUUCCCCCCAUGACGACCACUAUAGGGUAUUAGGUUUUCUUUUUUUCCCUGAUUGAGAGGGUGCUCGUGGUUUGGGUCGGAGAACUUUUUGUUUGCGUGCGUGCGUGCGUGUGUGCGUGCGUCUGCGCGUGUGUGCGUAUUAUCAUGAAGGCUGAGCUUGAGCAGAUGGAGCUAUCAGCCAGACGUUGCUUGGUAUAUAGAUAAUGCUGCUCUCCACAUAUUCCCAUGGAAGUGUUCUUGUGAGGUGAUUAGAGUGGUUUCCAUUCCCUCAUUGCCAGUGUCACUCUCAUCAAGCCUUCCCAACAGCACUUAAAGUUUUUGUUUCGGUAAUGUAAUGUCUUUCUUUGGGACCGUUAUGCCAAGCUGAUAUUUCUCUCCAUUUCUGCAGUGUGUAGAAAUCAAAAAAGAAGUGUGGCUUACCUGUCUAUGAAGGUGCGGUUAGACAUUCUUUUCAUGGAGGAGGUGACCAAAAACAAAGGACUUGUAGCCAUUGCUUUUUACAAGGCAAGAGAGAAACACUCAGGACUUUGACUUGUGUGUUUAUGUCAGAGAUGUCAAUCCUCGAUUUAGAAACUCCCUGCCACAAAUUUGAUCUAACCAGCUGUGAAUCACCUGACUGUAAAGAGUACUCCAGACAGGUGAAGUCACCUGUGUUGGAAGGAAACUGCGACAGGGUUUUUACUUCUGAACCCGGAUUUUGGACAGCUAGGGUGCAUUUCUGGAAACCAUAGUUGUGAACUAUGUUAGCUACUUUGUUGUUUGUAAUGCAAUUUCCCAUUGGCGACUAUGCAAGUUGUUAACCAGUUACAAUGCUUUCAAGAAACACACCCCUGUUUUGAGUCUCGGUUGGAUCAGCAGAGACCAUGAUGAUGGACCAUGUUCAUGUUUACUUGUUGGCACUUUUAGCCCCAGACCUGACCAGAAAUUAAUUUCAGCACAGCCAGAUACCUGAAAUGUAGCUCUGGUGUGUGUGUGUGUGUGUGUGUGUGUGUGUGAAUUUUAUUUUUAACUUUUUUAUUUCCCCCCAAGGGGUAUUCUAGGUCAUACCACUUGCUUUUUCUUCUGCUGAAUUCAAGAAUCGCUUGUUGAAAUGGUUACAUUAGUCUUACUUUUUGGUUACGCGAUUUAAAUCAUAGUGAGCAUUGAUAUUGACACUAAUGCUUUUUAUUUCAUGUGUUCACACGUGAACGCCAACAUGCCGCGCCAUUCUGUUACAGACAUGACUGCUGCUGAGAAGAAUAUUCAAGUAAAAAAAUUACAAUAGUGUACAGUUUUUUUUCUCUUUUUUUGGAACAGAAAAAAUGUAUAUACUGUAUAGAUUUUGCAUUAUUUUGAGCAUAAUCUAUUUUCUUGUUAAAAUCCUAUGUUGUCAACAACCUUGUAUUAAAGGUAAAUAAUAAAUAAAUAAAUGAAACUUGUGUA